CGAGGGCAAAGACGUGCCGGGUUGCUACCGCAACGAGACGGUGGAGUACUUCUACAACAAGAGUGGCAAGAUGAUCAGUGCGGUGUGGCGGCCCAAGGACCGGCUGGUGGUGGGCCUGGGCCUGACAGUCUGCAUCAUCGUCAUCCUGGCCAACAUCCUGGUGAUGAGCGCCAUCAUCAUCAACCGCCGCUUCCAUUUCCCCAUCUACUACCUACUGGGCAACCUGGCGGCGGCCGACCUCUUCGCCGGCAUCUCCUACCUUUACCUGAUGUUCCACACGGGGCCCUGGACCAUCAAGCUGACCAAGCGGCAGUGGUUCGUCCGGCAGGGUCUGAUCGACACCAGCCUGACGGCCUCGGUGGUCAAUCUGCUGGCGGUGGCGGUGGAGCGGCACCAGACCAUCUUCACCAUGCAGCUGCACAGCAAGAUGACCAACCGGCGCGUGCUGUUGCUGAUCCUGGGCAUCUGGGCGGUGGCCAUCGUCAUGGGGCUGGUGCCCACCAUGGGCUGGCAUUGUCUCUGCGACCUGGACGACUGCUCCACCAUGGCGCCCAUGUACAGCCGACGCUACAUGGUGUUCUGGGCGGUGCUGAACCUGCUGACCUUCUCGGUCAUGGUGGGCGUGUACACGCGCAUCUUCAUCUACGUGCGGCACAAGAGCCGGCGCAUGUCGCAGCACACCACGCAGGUGCGGCACCGCGAGACCGUCGUCAACCUCAUGAAGACCGUCUCCAUGAUCCUGGGGGCCUUUGUGAUCUGCUGGACCCCUGGGCUGGUGGUGCUCCUGCUGGAUGGCCUGAACUGUGAGGAGUGCAACGUGCUGAAGUACGAGAAGUACUGCCUGGUGCUGGCCGAGUGCAACUCGCUGGUGAACCCCAUCAUCUACUCCUACCGGGACAAGGACAUGCGCCGCACCUUCAAACGCAUCCUGUGCUGCCUGUGGGGGCGCCGCGGCGAGGAGGCGGGCGUCCGCUUCAACACGCUGGACCAGGAGACGUGUAGGAACCGAGAGACGGAAGGGGUGGUCGACAAGGCCAACGGCGACCAGCUCUUAAUUUUGGAAGACGGCAAGGACAUGCUGAAGGCCUCCGAGAGCUGAGAGGAGAGACAGACAGACAGAGAAGGGGGCAGACAGACGGACGGACGGACACUACAGAGGGCGGAGCUGGGACUGACAGACUCCAGAACUCCGCCCCCUACCUGCCCCGCCCCACCCCUCCCUCUGAUCUUUACUGGAGCCUUGCGGAUCAGAGCGUGGGCGUGCACGGCCUUCGCUUGCACGCCUGUGUGCACGUUCACGUGCACGUGUAUUUGUGUGCACGGUUACACAUCGGUGCAUGUGUCUAAAAACACCAAAGCCAAAUAGAGGGAUAAGUGCUCUGAUUUUUUUUCCCCCCCCAAAUAUUUGUAAUAACUGGCAAAAUGUAACUCUGAUGUUUUUGUCCUGGUGUGUUUGAGUGUCAUGAGUAUGCGGUCUGAUUGGGUCUCCGUGGCCCACAGAGCCAGUUCCUGCAGAACCAUGGCCAGUACAGUGCAUGUGACUCACCCCGAGAGACUGCAGUCACAUCGUAACUUUAAACUCAGUACGAGGCUCGGUUGACAAUCUCUGCUUCCCUGACUCGUCAGACACACUUACCCAAUUGAACGGUGGUGUGGCACUGGCAGAUGCAGUGUGACAUGCUUGCAGUCAGAUGCACUUGCCCGUCUUGACUCACCCAGACUAAUCAGACCCACAGGAUAAACGCUUGUUAUCUGCAUAUGAUGCACAGACAACACAGCGAUAAAAUGUCUGGGAUCGGCUGCCGUGAGAUCUGCCCAGCAAUGAUGGAUAAUCCCUCUCUUGGUACCCUAUAUUCUCUGCUGCUCCUAGCUGCCUUAGCCAAGGCUGGACACCAUCACGCCAUAAAGCCAUGUGUCCUACAGCGUCAGCGUAGCGCAGUGGCGAGGAGCAGGGCUCAUAACCAAAAGGUUGCUGGCUCGAUUCCCCCGGCGGGGGCACUGCUGCUUUACCCCUUGAGGCAAGGUAUGUUACCAAGAAUUGCCUCAGUAAAUAUCCAGCUGUAUGAAUGGAUAGGGUGAAAACUGUA